GACUCGAACGACCGGUAAAGAUGCAAUCUCGGGCGCUUCACGCUAAUUUUAGUUCCGCAGCUCGACCGUAAGUAUGACCGACUAUCUCCUUCCCUUCACAAUUCAAGACGCGGCCUCGACCUCCCACGCAGCAGCGUCGACUCAGCCAGCGAACGACCACUCGGACCGUACGGGCUCCACGUAUCGGCAGGCCAGCAGCGCGAGGACGAACGGGUACCGUACGGACGCAUGGCAUGAGGACACGCGUGGCACCGCAUUAGCUGGCUGCAUCCCCUCCCACUUCAAAUUGCACCCAACAUCCCCUCUAUCCUUGGGUCGCUCGCCGCCUCUCACCAUCCCGAUCUCGCCACCUCUACGCGCCGCCCACGUCGAUGCGGGUCAGCUCUAG